AUGCGUAAUAGUCUGACUUCUCUUCCUGACGAAGUUCUACAGCUCAUAUUGCAAUACCUCGACCCGCAUGGAUGUCUGGCACUCGAGAGGACUGCUCGGAGGUUCACCAGCGUUGCGAAUGAGCAAGCAGUAUGGCGAUACUAUUGCAAGACGCUGUUCCAUUACUGGGACAGAAAGCAUGAUGUCGAGAACAAAAUGAAGCAGCCUCCUUCCUCUAUCGACUGGAAAGCGAUAUUCGUCCAGAGGCACAGAGUUGAUAGCAAAACCACCAAGGUUUUGAAUAAUAUUCUCUCGAGCCAAUGCGGCCGUAUCCAAAAGGUCCAAUCGAUUAUGGAUCUUGGCUACGAUGUGAAAGAUACGCUCACGCGCCAUGCACACGCUCGAAAUGACCAAGAUGAUCACUUAGCUCGAAGUAAUACCAUUAUGGACUGUCUCAAUCGGAACAUGGCUGUAUCCGAGUGGGCUAAACUGAGAGAAGAAGGCGAGACCGUGUCUCUUGAACGUGCCUUGGGAUGCUUUGAUCUCUUUGUUUCUCAAGGCCAUAUUGAAAGCUUAGAAGAGGUUAGUAACAUGCUCAAUGCUGUGGCAGAGGACCUUUCAAAUCGGAACCCGGACAUUGAAAGCCUCUCUCCCCGCCAGAGAGCAUCACAUAUUGCAUCUUUUUUGAGACUAAAUAAUUUCACCGGAAUUGCACCUGGUAGAGAGUACCACAGCCUUGAACAUAACUUUCUUGGCUUUGCCCUCAAGGACCAAGAGCACAAUUCUUUGCCGUUAAUAUCCGCCUCGAUAUUUUGCUAUAUUGCUCGGCACUUUGGCCUCAACGCUCACCCAUGCGGAUUUCCCUUCCACGUUCUGGUUAUUAUCUUUCCCUCGCCAGGCCUUGACAUGGACGGCUUUUCUCUAAACGGAGACAACGUCGGCGUGCCCAUGUAUAUGGACCCAUUUCGAUCUGGGGAAGAAACAUGUGUUGCUGACUUGCAGAGUCAGCUGAAUCUUCUGGGUGCGUCACCGACAGAGCAAUCUACGUUUCUUGGAGAGUCUCAGACAUCAGAAAUCGUGUUGCGAUGCGGAAGGAAUGUAAUGAAUUCAGUGCGUGUCAUACUGGGUUCCGAAUUUUCAAAAGUGGAUAUCGAAAGUGCUGGGUAUGCCGGCCUUUGGUCGUUUAUGCUUGUUAAUCCGUACGGAAGAUUGAUGGAGAUCCGGCGACAUCUUCCCUGGUUUAUGGACGUUUUCGCUUCGGAAUUUCCCUGGGAUAUAUAUUUAGUUGAAAAACACGUCCUCCCUCUGUUUGAGGGGCUCCUGGAACUUAGACAUCUGAUGGAGAGUCUCCACGCUAUACGUGCUGCUGAUGAAACACCGAGGAGUGUACGACGGCGCAAGGAUGUACAAAAGACUAUCGAAUAUCAGGUUGGAGAAAUUUUUCGUCACCGGCGUUAUAAUUACACGGCAAUGAUCAUAGGCUGGGACCCAGAGUGCGGAGCUGGAGAACAUUGGAUGAGACGGAUGAAUGUUGAUCAGCUCCAGGCUGGCAGACACCAAAGUUUUUAUCAUGUUCAUGUCGAGGAUAAAAGCGUGCGAUACGUUGCAGAGGAGAAUAUAGAGGUUAUCAAGCCUACGUUAUCGCAGCUUCCGGGCAGUCUUUUAGCUAUUGCUGGGAAACACUUCAAAAGAUGGGACGAGGAGGAGAGA